AUGGCUGUUGUGGAGUUGAAGGUUGGGAUGCACUGUGAAAGGUGCAUCAAGGCCAUUAAGAAGGCAAUCAAAACAAUUGACGAUAUGGAGAGCUAUCACCUUGAGACGGAGAUAAACAAGGUCACGGUGACAGGGAACGUUACCCCGGAGGAAGUCGUCAAGGCUCUCCACAAGAUUGGAAAGACGGCAACCAGCUGGGCCGAAGACUGA